AUGGACGCUUCUUCUCGCAUCUCGCUUACACGUCUGACAGAUAAGAAAUGUGUGCCGUGCGAUCUGAAGGAAUUGCGACCCAUGAAUGAGGAUUCAGCACAGACUCUUAUGCCACAGGUUGCUGAGUGGAAUUUGGUAAACGAUAAUGGUGUCUUGAAGCUAAAGCGGUCAUGGAUAGUAAAGACUUUCUCCAAAGGACUGGAUUUUUUUAGGAUAGUGGCUGUUCUUGCUGAAAGUGAAGGUCAUCAUCCUGAUCUUCACCUUGUGGGCUGGAAUAAUGUUACAAUAGAGAUUUGGACUCAUGCAAUUGGUGGGUUGACAGAAAACGACUUCAUACUUGCAGCUAAGAUCGAUAAGCUUGAUGUGCUUGACCUACUUAGACGGAAGCUUUCAGAUUGA